UCCUUCCAAAGAAUGACAUUUCUUCUUCUUUGAUAUCAUGCCAUGUUUGCGGAAGUAACUACAAAUACUUAGAAGCCGUCGUAUUUUUUGCUUUCUUGUUGCGUUUUAAACUUCAUUAUGAAUUUACCAAAGGGCCCUGAUUCGCUGUGCUUCGACAAGGACAUUUUCAUGAAGGAUGACUUUGACGUGGAUCAGUUCGUGGCUGACUGUCGGAAGCAGGUGCAGCUGGAGGAGAUGCGAGAGGACCUGGAGCUCUACUACAAACUGCUCAAAACAGCAAUGGUGGAGCUUAUCAACAAGGAUUACGCUGAUUUUGUCAACCUCUCCACCAAUCUGGUGGGGAUGGACAAAGCCCUCAAUCAACUAUCUGUGCCACUCGGACAGCUAAGAGAGGAGGUCAUGAGCCUUCGGUCGUGCGUAAGUGUGGUUAUACAAUCCAUAGAUUCGCAGCUGUCGAAACAGGAAGACCUGCAGAAGAAAAAGGUUUGCGUCAUGAGGUUGAUCCAGGUAGUGCGCUCGGUGGAGAAGAUUGAGAAAAUUCUUAAUUCGCAAAACCCCAAAGAGUCCAACUCAUUGGAAGUCAGCAGACCCUUGUUAGCUGGUCAAAUCUUGGAGAGGAUUGCCACAGAGUUCAACCAGCUUCAAUUUCAUGCCAUGCAGAGCAAAGGCAUGCCCCUGCUGGACAAAGUCCGACCCCGCAUCGCUGGCAUCACCUCCAUGCUACAGCAGUCCCUGGAGGGUCUGCUUAUCGAGGGUCUGCAGACAUCCAAUGUGGAGAUGGUGCGCCACUGCCUGAGGACGUAUGCCACCAUCGACAAGACGCGAGACGCCGAGGCUCUGGUGGGACAAGUGCUGGUCAAACCCUUCAUGGAUCAGGUUAUUGUAGAGGAGACAGUCAAGUCCAGUCCAAAUGGUCUACAGGUGAUGUAUUCCAGGCUGCUGGAGUUUGUUCCUCAUCACUGCAGACUCCUGAGAGAAGUGACUGGAGGAGCCAUAUCCAGUGACAAAGCCGACAUCGUUCCUGGCUACGACUUCCUCGUCAACUCUGUGUGGCCUGAGAUGGUUAAAGGCAUUGAGGAGAGACUGUCUUACCUCUUCAACCCAGGAAAUCCGGACAUUUUCUACGAGCAUUACAGCACCAGCACUGACUUUGUGCGGCGGUUCGAGCGGCAGUGCAGCUCACAGGCCAGCGUCAAGCGGCUCAGAGCGCACCCGUCGUAUGUCGGCUUCCAAAAUAAAUGGAACCUGCCUGUGUAUUUUCAACUCAGGUAUAAGGAAAUAGCAGGAUGCCUGGAAAACGCCAUCGGUGAUGGUUUAGAGGCAGCGCCUGCGGGGAGCGCGUACCAUCUUCAGGCAUCGUUGUCAUUGCGGUCUUGCGUGGGACGCUGCUGGUCCGAUAAAGUCUACUUGCCACCGCUUGCACAUCGCUUCUGGAAGCUUACGUUGCAGCUGUACUCGCGAUACGGAACCUUCCUGGAAGAGGUGCUGACCAAGACGGUUUCGACAGAGGCGAGCAAAGAGCCCGCCCGCCCCCUGCCCAGCUCGGCAUCGUCCACAUCCAGUAGGGCGUCGCUAGAGGAGACGGGCAGCGACAGUGGUGGUCUCUCCUCGCUCUCUACCAUACAGCUUGUACACAUAGCCGCCGACGUCCAAAAACUCCAAGAGCAAUUACCAGAGGUUUCUGAAAUGGUCAGACAGCAUUUAGAAGCUCUCGGGUUUACAAACUUUGUCAUUGUGGAAGAGGCUUUAGCGGAUUCCAAGGCAGGUUUGUCCAGCAGCAUCCCUGCCCUCAACGAGCGCAUGACCCAUCACCUGAGCGAGCGCAGCUGCCGCUUCCUGAAGAGCGCGUCAGAGGUGCCGCGACUCUAUCGCAGGACCAAUAAGGAAGCGCCUGUGCGAGCGUCAGUGUACAUGGACAAUGCCCUGCGGCCAUUGCAUCAGCUGCUGAGCGACUCAACAGGCUUGGUGGACGAGGCGACGGUGCGCCAUUGGCUGAAGGUGACUCUUUCAGAAUGCACACAGAGGUACUACGAGACCAUUUCCGAGGUUUUGAGUUCUGUGAGGAAGAUGGAGGAGAGUCUGAAGCGACUGAAGCAAGCCAGGAAAGGAGCCGCCAGCAGUACCGGCACCGGCAGCAGCACGGCCGGAGCCAACAGUGCCCCGUCGGACGACGCCAAGAUCAGACUCCAGCUAGCUCUGGAUGUUGAGUACCUGGGGGAACAGAUUGAGAAGAUGGGCCUCGAUCCGGCAGACAUCUCCAAGUUCUCCCCUCUUAUGGAGCUUGUGAAAGAGGCCCGAGAGCUUGCAGAACACAACAACCCGUGAAAGAACUUGGUACUACACUCCAAGCUCCAUCAAGAAAAUCAUUUUCUGGAUUGUGAAACCCAAUUGUUCACAGUACGUGCAUCCACCAUGACUGCGAGUGGUUCAUGUUGCAUGAAGUCCCAGGAAGAGACCGGAGAAAUGUAUGUGUCGUAUUCUAUACAAACCAGUGAUCUGAUCAUGUUGUGGACUGCAGCAAAUUGAAUAUUUAAGAUUGCUUGUCAUGAACUUGGGAGUUAAAUAAAUGCUUUUGUGUCAUAUGGUCCUUCAGCAUGCAUGAUUUGGUCAAUGUAAGAUUUAUGUAACAAACAAAAACUUAACACAAAAAUACAGUUGGUGUCGAAGUGUUUUUAAAAAUGAAAUUAAGGUUCCCAAGAAGUAUUCGCCCUGCUAUGGGGGUCAGUAGAGUCCAGCGUUCUUGUCUCUCAGGACAAGGGGGCAGUGUUUUGACAAAACCGAGCGACUACUCAGUCUAACUUAGUCGCCACAGUAGAAAUAAUGACUCCAAAUUUAUUGAAGCGCAAAUGUUUUAUUGUGGACGGACAAAAAUAAACUCUUUAGUUAGAAUAUACAAGACUUAAACUAACAAUGGAAAAAUACUGUACAGGAAUCUGCCGUUACAAAACAGAAAAGAUGUUCAAAUUAAAAGUGAAAAACAGUAACGUUUUCAUAAAUACUGACAAGAAGCAAUGAUAACACUGAUUACUUCAUUUCAAGUGGUCGUGUUUUUCUUUCCUAUUUAGUUUUUCACAGCGUCGGGUUAGUGAUUUUUCCCAACGUAAGGAUGGCGUUUGACUCGCUCUCCACCACGAAGAACAAGAAGGGCCGGUUGACAGAAAGCUUGAAGGGAACUCCUGCCUCCUCCGUCUUGUUCUGCUCGGACAUCGUG